AUGAGCACAUGUUUAUUUGCUCAACAUUUUUGGGGAGAAAAGCAUUCAGGGUUUGAUGCUAUGUACCAGAACUUCAAGUUAUGUUAUCGUACAUCAGCAGAGUUCGCUGAAUUCUUGCGAGAGAGUUAUUCUGCAGAGGACAAUUAUUACAAAGCACUGAUAAAGUUGUCCAAGCAAGCGGGAUCUUACAAUACCACUAGCAGCUUCAAGCCCUGUUGGUCUCUUCUGAAGCAGCUCAUAGACCAGAUCUCUCAAGUUCAUCUGAACAUUGCUCAAGAACGUCAAAACCUGUCAAGGGAUGUACAAAAGUAUUUAGAAGAGCAGCACAAACGUCAGAAGCUAAUAAAAGACACAGAAGCUUCUACACAGGAGGUUGUACAUGCUUUCCAGAUAACUUCUAUGCAACUUCAGAAAGCUAAAGAAGCAUAUCAUUCACGUUAUAAUGAAUAUGAACGUGCUAUGCGCCUAGAAUCUGGUUCUAGUCGAGAACAAGAAAAAUUAGAGGUUAAACUUAAAAAAGCUCAAGAUGAAUAUAAGUAUUCAGUAGAAAAAUAUAACAAUCUUCGCAAUCAGUUUGUGAGUAAAAUGCACAUUUCAUGUGCACAAUUCGAGGAAAUUGAAGCUGCACAUUUGGAGCAGAUGAGAGAAUUUUUGCAUCGAUAUGCAUCAGUUUGGUCUGUUACAGGUGAUGCUUUAGGGAAAUUACACAGUCAGUUUGGACAAGAUUUGGCUGAGUUGACCACUGACAGAUUGUUAAAUAUUCUUGUUAGUGAAAGAGGUACAGGAACUCUGGAACCACAAGGUGUACAGUUUGAAGAUGCAGAGGUAGCUGCUGCGUUUUCGUCAAAUGGAACUGAACGAACCAAUGGGACAACAGGAAGUGGUGUUCGUGUUUUAGAGGCUUUCUUUGGUCGCGAAACCAGAGCUGCUUCUGCUCUUGCAAUUGUAGGUUCUGGCAGCAAAGACAAUGGGGGAUCAGGUCUCAAUAGUCUAAUGGAUGUCAGAGCAGAUGUGGUUUCUAUGGCUAGCAUUUCUGUUGGUGUUGCGCCUUCAGUAACAAAUAUAUCUAUCUCUGGUAAUGGGACUGCAAAACGUAGGGAAGGAUUUUUUCGUCGACGUCGUAAUUCUUUAUCUCAAGAUUCUGCUGCCCCCAAUACUACUGAUAACAACCCAACGGGUUCAUCUACUUCAGUUGGUGCUACUACGGGAAUCAUUCCCAGCAUUCAUACUAGUGGUAAUAGUUUGAGUGCCUUUACUGUUGUUGCAAAGCGUGGGAUUCGUCGGUUCGGUACUCCUUACUCAAACGGCAAAGAUAAACAAACGAAACAAAUAAACAAAUCAGAUCCGAUAACAUCAAAAAAUGAUGACUGGCGAACUGUUACUCCUGUAGAAUUGCCAAAAGAUGAAGAUGGUUAUAGUAUCAGACCAUCAGAUCCAUGGGGUGAAAACGCUAACGAGUUAAAUCAUUCUGAAGCUGAUAAUGAUUCUGUUUCUGAAGAAGAAUCAGAAAAUGAGGCAAAUAAAACAUUUCAUGGUUUAAAAGUUAACAUUCGACCUGUCGGAGAAUUGGCUCCAGGAGUAGCAACUAAAUAUGAUGGAGAUAGAUCAGAUACUCAUCUAAAACUUUCAGAAGCACUUAAAAAUUCUAAAUAUCCUGUGAAUUCACAAGCUCCACCAUUGUUAAUUGAUCAUCGAGUUGGAUCAACACUUCGAUCACCUCGGUCAAGUACAUCUUUACAACAUAAUAUUCCAAUUACUAAAGUAUCAGGUCAAGAUUUAAUUAAUGCAUUGCCUCUUCCACCUCUGUUACCUCCUCCUCCUCCUCCUCUACCUUUACCGCCGCCGCCGCCGCCACCACAACCACCACGGUCAACAUCUUUGUCGCCUAAAUCAGAAUUAUUUCCUACUGGUGGUGGUUCAAUGCGUAUUCAUGAUGUUAGUGCAUCAUCCUUCAGUACAGUUAAUAGAGGGAAUUCGACAGCUACAUUACGUCCUCGAGGAUACAGUUGUAAUACAUGGACUAAAAAUACCUUAUUCAAUGUUCAAGAUAAGAAAAACAAGAGGACUAUUGAAGAAGAUAAUGUUAAUUCAUUUCAACAGAAAUCUUCUUCUAAUUUUCAAUUAGAAUUCAAUGAUUCUGUCAGUUGUAGUAGUCUUAUUGACAAUUCAGAGAAAAAAGAUUCAUCAUCUAUUCUAAAUAAUUUUAAUGUCUGGCCUGUAGAUGAUGAUACAAUUCGACGAUGUUCUAGUGCAUUGCCUACAUCUACUAAUGAAUCAAUUGGUCAAUUGAAUUGGAUGGCAUUUGAUUUAGAUACAGGUGAAAAAUCUCAAUUUCUCAGUCCUCCAAUAUCUUGGCCUUCUUCAUUCAAUACUAAAAUAAACGAUAAUACAAUAUAUAAAGAAAAUCGAAUAAUCCCUGAACCUCCUGCUCGUUUACAUAAUCAUUUGAAUAUUACAUUUUCACCUUCUAAUUAUACAAUUAAUUCAUUGAAUAAUACAAUAAAUUUAGCUGCUGCAUUUACAGAGACAUGGUAUGCUAGAUUUUUUAAUGGUGGUGGUAGUUCAUUUUCAACUGCUUCGUCUACUUGUCAACCACCUAUUCAAGCAAUCAAUGGUACUUUAACACUUGCUUUUUCACGUAUAAAUAUAGAACAGAAACUUAUGAAUAAGUUAACUAUUUCCCCUCUUUUACUUAAAAUUACAAAUGCUACAAGAUUAAGAGAUUUACAACCUAAACUUCCAGGUUCAUCAAUCAGUUUAUUUACAGAAACUACCAACUCUACCAUUAUGUUUCAAUCAUCUUUACUCGACAAUCGAACAAAUACUACUGAUACAAGGUCUGAAAUAGAAAAACAAAAUGAUAAUUCAGACUAUUUACUUACUAUUCCAGGUGAUGUACUUUCAUGUUAUCUUUUCCCAUCAAUUAUUUCAUAUACAGAAAAUAAUUCAUUUAUAUAUAAUGAGGAUACUUUAGACAAGUUGAAUUCGUCUAUAUCUUCAUCCAAUUCACCAACAUACAUUAAACUGGAUGUUUUAACUUAUACAGUUGAUGUGAAUGCACAUGUGAAAGGAUUAUAUCCUGCAUUAACACCUCCAAUACAUUUAUGUACAUAUUGGCGUUGUGAAGCGUUGACUACAGAUUUUCGUUUAGACUAUACAGCUCAAUGGCCUACAAUGAAUGCUAAUAAAGAUUCUAUGAAAAAUAUUGGUGAUUUAUGCAUCAACUUAAAAGUUGAUGGAACAGUAAAUCGUAUGCAAAGUCUUCCUAUUGGUACAUGGUUACCUGAAAGUAAUCAUGCUAUAUGGCGUAUCCCUUUAUAUAAUCCUAAUUUUAAUAAUAAUAAUAAUUUUCAUCAUUCUAAUUUUACUCUAAAAUUAGAUUCAUCUGGUACUGUUAGAGCUAAAUUUACAUUAACUAAUGGUCCAAGUAGACCACAACCUGUUAAUUUACAAUUUUUUUAUGAAGGUUCAAUAGCUAGUGGUGUUCAAUUAACUUUAUUAUCAACUGAUUAUUAUUAUAUGAAUUUAUGUAAAUAUCGAUUAAUUAGUAAUCGAUAUAUUUGUGAUCCACCUAUAAAUAUUAAUCGAUAUCAUCAGUGUAAUUCAGUUCCUCAAUUAAAAGAAGAAAAAUAG